AUGUCAAAAAAUACCACAAUUAGUAACAACAAUAGUAAGGAUGUCAACCCUAUUAAUAAAAGUAGUAGUCAACUUUUAAAAAAUAAUUACAGUGAAAGUAGUAGUAGUAGUAGUAGUAGUAGUAGUAAUAAAACAACAACAACAAAUAAUUUAAGUAAUAUUAGUCCACCAAUCAAAAAGGAAGAUGACCCAAGUUUAGAGUUCAAUAAUUUUAGUAAUGAUGCUCAAAAUUUAAAUACAGGAAGAAGAAGUGUAGAAGGUGAUGAGUUUAGAGAAUAUUUGUUAAAAGAAUUAUCUAUACUCAGGUUGGAGAAUGAAAGGUUUAGAAGCCAAAAUUAUGGUUUUGAAAGAAGAAAAAAGCCACUAUCAGAAGAUGUAAAAUUUGAAGGAGGCUUUUCAAUGGGCUUCGAAAAAACAUGGGAUUUAUUCGAGUUCCAAUUUAGAUAUCACUUCGGUCCCCGUUUUGAUAACACAGAUUUAAUUUCAAGUUUAAAAAGUGAUGCGCUAAUCUAUUUACAAAGGAUGGACCCAAAUGGUAAUAAUUCUGCGGAAGAGAAUUUAUUACAAUUAAGGAAACAAUACCAAGACCUUCCAACCACUUUGUUACUCAAAUUCAGCGAAUUUACCAGAACAGGUAAAUUUGAAUCAUUAGAGCGAUUAUUAUUAGUUUUUGAUACAGUUCGUUCAAGGGUAAAAUUAUCAGAUGAUGCUGCAAUGGUUACACUCAAAUCAGCUUUAGGUAUUAACUUCUCAAAAGCUUUAAUGGUAGAUGUUUCGGACAUCGAAGGUUACUCAUCAUUUCAAAAGUUUAGUGAAAAAAUUGUUCGUCUCGAAAAGAAUUACCAACUAACAAUGGGCAAAUCUCUUUAUCUACGUCAAGACGAAAUCCAGGGUAUAUUUGGUGCCAGUGUAUCAAGUUCAGGACUAACUUCAGUUGUCAGUAAUACAGUAGCUGCAGUAGAGGUCAAAAGAAAUAGUGAAUUUAGAUGUUUUAUUUGUGGGAAUCCAGGUCAUUUAGCUAGAGAAUGUAGAGAGAAGUAUAAUAGUGAUAGUGAUAGAAGAAAUAAUAACCCACCAAGAUAUAAUAAUUAUAAUCAGCAAAGAUAUAACGGUAAUAAUAAUCAACAAAGAUAUAACGGUAAUAAUAAUAAUCAACAAAGAUAUCACAAUAAUAAUCAAUUAGAAUACAAUAGUAACCAGUUGGAAUAUAGUAAUAAUAGAUUUGAAAAUAAUUUUAAUAAAUUUAAUGAGGAUAGUAGAUUUGGUAAUAACAAUAAUAACAAUAGAUCAAAUAACAAUGACUACAAAUCAAAUCAUAAAAAUAAUAAUAUUCAAUCACAGCCAACAAAAAAUAAUAAUAAUAGUAAUAAUUUUCAAUCAUCAUCAACUCAUAACAAUAAUAAUAGUAAUAGAGAUAAUCAACAAUCACCAUUAGGUCACAAUAAAGAUAACGGUAGUCAUAAUAAUAGUAAUAAUAAUAAUAAUAAUAUUAAAGUCGAAGAUAGUGUCAAAUUCAAUAAAUAUAGCAUACAAUUAUUAGAGAAGAUCGUUUUUGGUCCAGAGCCACCCCUAAAAGGAAUAGGAAUACUUCCAGGUAUAGAUGUUAAAGUAGCUCCAGAUAGUUCAAUUAUUCUCACACCUCAAGAACAAGCAAAAUUUGAUCAAUUAAUUAAGUAUUAUUCAGAAAUUAAGUUAGAAAGCUUAAGGAAAGCAGGUCAAGCAGAAGGUAUAUCUCAUAGCAUUCCACUCAUAGACGGUACAGAUAAAUCAAAACCUCAUCAAGAACCAUACCCAGUAUCACAAGUCCAAAAAGCUGUUAUGGACGUUAAAGUUCCAGCUACUCAAAAUUCAUCAAUUCCAGACAAGAUUAAGAAACCAAUCGUAGGCCCAUAUCGUAUUACAGCUAAGACCAAUGAUAACAAUCUCACAGCCAAUAUGGAAUCAGUUCAUCAUCCAAAUUUCAAUGUCGGUAGCCCUCAGCUCUUUUCAAGGGACAACACCAUUGAAAAUUUUUGGAUUUCAAAAUCUCAAAGAUGGAAACCAAAAUUAAAGGCUCAAAAGAUUUUGAUUAUGGCAUUUAUUGGAAAAUUAUUAUCUAUUGCUUUAUUGAAAUUUUUGUUUGAAAAUUAUAUGAUAUGA